AAAAAAAUAAUAAAAUAAAAGUUUUCCAGGCCAGACCCAGUUUGGAAAAAAACUUUAAACCAAAACGUGUGCAAAGUGCUUCAUAAAAAUUUACAAAAAAAAAAAUAAAUUAAAAUACAAUAAAAUGGAAUAUAAUUUUUUUAUUAAAACCAGAAAUAUUAAAAUAUUAAAAAUAAAUCUUUAAAAUAGAGAAAAUAGAAACUCGCUGUUUUCUUUAACAUUUCAAUUGGAAAAAAAAAACAAAAAGAAAAACAAUUUUUUUUCCCUAAUUAAAACAUUUCAUUUUUUUUUCCUUUUCAUCCACUUGCAAAACAUCAACAAAAUCGAAAAUGUAAAAGUCGACACAAGGUCGUCGUACACAUAUAUUUUGCGCAAUUUUAGGAAAAAAAUUUUGAAUGAAUAUAGGCUGAAGUAAUGAACAAAACAAUAAAAAAAAAAAAAAUUAUUUGAAUUUUUUCUUUUCUUUUCUUUUAUGUGCGGAAUAAAUGAAAUUUAAAUUAUAAUAAUAAAAAAUAUAUAAAAGAAAAAUACUUAAGUGCAUUUGAAAAAUAAAAAUUUUCUUAUAAUUGUAAAUAAAAUAUUAUAAAUAAUUUGCAAUAGUCAUAAAAUAAGAAAUAAAUUAAAUUGAAAAAAAAAAAAUUUUUUUUUAAAAGUAAAAAACAUGCAUAAUCUAUACAUACAUAUGUUCAAACAUAAUAAAAUACUUUUAUAAAAUAACAAGGGAAAUUUUUUUCGUAAAGAAUUUUCUUCCCUUACAACCAAAAAAACAAAAAAAAAAAAGGGAAACACGGCAACAUGAAAAAAAAAAUUGAAAAAAUUUAAAUUAAAUAUUAUAAAAAUUUUGAAAUAAUUCAAAAAAAAAAAAAAAAAAACAAAAAGAACAAAAAGAAAGAAAAAAAACGAAAAGAAAAGGAACAGGAAGAUGUUAGAAAACAAAAUAUUGCUUUUGAUGAAAAGCUCUCCAUGAAAAUUUCACAUUUCAAUUCAAUUAAAGUUUUUAAAAAUAUAAGAAAAAAAAAAGAAAAUUAUAAAAAAUAAUAACAAUACUAAUAAAAAUAAAUAUACUGGCACUCAUAUACUAUAAAGAGCUUAAUCAGAUACUUGAUUAUUAUACUCGUCUUCUCUAAAUAAUAUUAAACUUUCCAUUAAAAAUAAGUUGAAAAACUUUUAUCCAUAAUAUUCUGAAGUUGGUUUCGGAAUAAAGUUAAUGGUGUGAAAGCAAAAGGCCUCGGAUAAAAAAAAAAAAACAAAAACUUCAAAUUGCUUUUAUAUAAAUCUCUAAUUCAAUAUUGUUUAGAAAUGGAUCAAAAUUUUGCUCGGUCUAAUGAAAGAUUUAAACCCCACAACAUUCUUUUAAAUCUACUAGUUUUUCAAAAUAAAACUGAAUAUUUCAACGGAAAGGUUCAUAUAUAUUUUUUUAAAUUCUAGGAAUGUGUAAAUGAAAAAAAAAAUAAAGUGUCAAAAAAACAAGGGUGUGCAAGUAUAAUUGUUACAAAUCAAAAAAAAAUUAAGUAAUAAUUUCAAUAACGAGUAUAGAAAACAAAUUAUCAACUAAAAAUUAAAAGAGACAAUUAUGUUUGUUAAAGUAAAAAUACACUUUACUCAAUUCAAAAAGAAAGUUAUGGAAUUUGGUUAAUUAUAAAAUUUCAUAUAAUCGAAAAUUGUGCCUAAUUGGGCACUAAAUUUUGGUGGCCAUGGAGCCGACCAGUGAAAUAGCGCCUGAUAAAGAUUUCUUAAUAGUACAACAACAGCCAAACAUAAAUAUAACACCACCAAAUCAACAAACAAAUUUAGAAAAACUAUCACGGCCUAUGGCGUUUGAAAAGAUGGAAAAUCUUGUCCGAGAAAUGAAGGACGAAAACAAUGGUGUUCCUGUGCGGCAUCAAAAAAUUUUUUUAACUUCUAUACCUUACGCAUUUAUGGGAUAUGAUUUAAUAGAAUGGUUAAUGGAUAGAUUAACAAUCGAGGAAUCAGAAGCACUCAAUUUGGCAAACCAACUAUGUCUUCACGGAUACUUUUUCCCAGUAAAUGAUACUAAAACUCUUGUAGUAAAAGAUGAUUCUUCGCUUUAUCGUUUUCAAUCUCCAUAUUAUUGGCCAUGGCAACAUAAAGCUCCAGAUAAUAUAGAAUACGCCAUAUAUCUUACGAAAAGAUCUCUUAGAAAUAAACAAAGGCAUGGGCUAGAGGACUAUGAAACAGAAGCUUUGGCAAGUUUGCAUAAGAAUUUAAAAGGAAAAUGGGAUGUGAUAUCAAUGCAGGCCGAAGAGCAUGUGCGUUUAGCUAAAGAAAGAAAAAAAGGUGAUAAAAUUGUUAGUGACUCUCAAGAACGCGCAUAUUGGCGAGUUCAUCGGCCUCCACCGGGUCAGUUCACACCGCUUGAACCUUGUCCCGUCCCAUCAAGAGACAGAACUGGAACGAAACAUAAAAAGAAAAACGUGGAAGAUUGGCAACGUGAGGUCGACUAUUUAACGAAAUCUUUUACUCGUACUAGAAUGAAAAUGUCGCAAGCUUGUGAAAGUUUAGUUAAUUAUUGGGAAAUAUUUUCGGAAUAUGAUUUUUUUCUUCAACCUGUCUUGCCUUCGAACCCAUGGGUCUCGGAAGAUAUGACAUUUUGGCAACUUAAUAACGCUAUAGUCGAUAUUCCGACAGAAAAACGUGUCAAAAGAUGGGGUAUUUCUAUAGAAGAACUUGUGUCAGAUCCCACAGGUUUGCAAGAAUUUACAACUUUCUUAGAAAAAGAAUAUUCGCAUGAAAACAUUCGCUUUUGGAUCGAAGUUAACAAAUUAAGAAGGUCUGCUCAUUCUCAAGUGGCAAAAAAAGUAAACGAAAUUUAUGAGGAGUUUUUAAAACCGGGUGCGCCAUGUGAGAUAAAUAUUGAUGGAAAAACUAUGGAUGUUGUACAAAAAGGUCUUAAAAGUCCUUCCCGUUUUACAUUUGACGCAGCAGCGGAACACAUUUACAUGUUGCUCUUAAAGAAAGAUUGUUAUCCCCGUUUUAUGCGAUCAGACCAUUAUAAAUCACUUUUAGCUAGUGGAAUUCAACCUUCACAUAAGAAACGUUUCUUUAACUUUGGAGGAGCUGCCAAAAAGAAAACUGCAACUAUGCAGCAGCCAAAUCAAAAUUUAACUCAACCGUUAGUGCAAAGUGGUGGAGCGGCACCUGGGAAUUUGAGACGUCGCGGCAGUGAUCGAAGUUUAAGUGGAUCAGCUCAUGAACUAACAAUUAUAGGAAUUAAAGACGGUGCUAGUAAAGUACCGCAUUCUCACAGUCAAAGCAAUUUGAGUGAAAUCCCUUACAGAGAACCAACUAAACAGUUAACGGAACGCUUAGAAUCAACUCUAGAAUCACAUUCGGUAUGUCCUUGGGAUACCGAGGAAACAGUUGAACCUCCCGUGCAAUUAGCAAUUUGCCCAUGGGAAGAUGACGAUGACAAAAGUACCGAACCGGUCAUAGAAUUAAAAGUGCCAGUUAAAACAGAAAGUAGUAUUUCAUCAGACAUCGCAGAAGUUUCCGAAAAAAUGAAAAGAUCUUGCGGUCUUCGUCAAAACACUGUAGAUGCUGACUGUGGUGUUAAAAAAUUGACGCUGAUUCAUAAUGAACAACGAAGAUCAUCUAUGACAACCUUACCUAGACUAUCAGAAUUUCAAAUUAAUGUGCCGCUACAAUCCUUAAGAACAGUACAGUCUGUUGCCCCAUCACCGUGUGAUGCAGAGGAGCAAUUAUUUCAGUCAUCAAACAAUUUAUGUGAGGGUAAAGAAGCUAAGAAUCAAGAUGCGUCGUGUUCCGAGAAUUCUAACACUCAAAUACAGAUUAAAGAAGAUGUUUCAACUAGAAAAAAUUCUAUUGUUAAAUGCAAUGAAAAUAACCGAAGCACGUCUUCAGAAGUUUUGAUGUUAGAUAUUGCCGGAUCUUCCACUAAUAUCAAGGAUAUCACAGAUCAUCCAGUGGAAGUGAACAAUCCUAAAACACAAGACAAUGUAACAGAAUCAAUAGAGGAUUUUAAUUCCGGAUUAAAAAAUCGUGAUACAGAAACAUCUGAUCCUAUAAAUCUCCCACAAGAAGAAAUGUCACCAACUACCGAAGAAUAUCAGGAAGGUGUUCAAUUCGAAGAGCAUGUCGGUGCUUGUGAUUGUAGAGGUAUAGAAGAGGAUGAUCCGCAUUCAAUGCCAAUAGGUUGUGUUGCACCAGCACCUACACCAGCUCCUUUACUCGCUCCUUUAGCCGAAAUUGAAAUUGAUUCUGUUGAAGAUGAUGUUGAAAUCAAGUUAGAAACUAAGCCAGAAGCCGAAGAAACGAAACGAAAACGAAGAAAAAGAAGUUCUGAUGCAAAAAAAAUAGAGGAAAAGAUAGAAAAUAAGGCAGAAGGAGAGGAAGCGGAUAAUAAUCGAAAUGCAGUUUGCCCUUGGGAAGAUGAAGAUUUGACUACAAGUGAUGGGACAUUCACAAAAACCUAUGCUACUCUAGGAUAUUUAUGAAUACUAUUAUAUAAUUUUAAAAUUCUUUUAAUAAAAAUAAAAAAGAUCUAUAAAGUAAAAUCUAUAUUUAAAACAUAAAACAAAAUAAUUCUGGUUUUAAAAAUUUUUAUAUACAUAUAUAUAUAUGUAUAUAUAUGUAUACAUAUAAAUAUACAUACAUAUAUGCACGUAAAUCUAGUUUCAAAAAGUAAAAUAAAAAAAAAAUUUAAAAUGUCAUAUUUAAUCGUAACGUUAUGCAGAAAAUGUUUUUAUUCCAAUUUACUUUUGUAUUAUAUUUGAUUUUUUUUGCAACUGUUAUUCUUAUUAAAUAUUAUUUUAUUAUUUAAAAUAAAACCAAAUUGCAAGUAUUUGUAGGCAAAUAUUAAUGCAAUCUAUUUUGAAUUAAAGGUAGAAUAGAAGCUUCAAUAAAAAUUUUCCAUAUUAAAUUUUAAUAAGGUAACAAAUUCAAAAG